ACAACACAAAACAUUUCAUAAAGAUCAAACAAAAAUGGCAGCACGAGCCACAUUCAUAAUCUAUGCUCUCUUCCUAACCUCACUCCAACUCCUCCUAACACGCCACCUGUCCUCCGCCGCCGGAGGAUCAUGGAACGUCCUACUCCCCAACGUGGGAAUCUCCGCGAUGCAUAUGCAGCUCCUCCACAACGACCGUGUCGUAAUGUUCGACCGAACCAACUUCGGACCAUCGAACAUCUCUCUACCUAACGGUAACUGCCGUAACAACCCCAACGACGCCGUCUCGAAAAUCGACUGCACAGCUCACUCGAUCGAAUACGACGUCGCAAUGAACACCGUCCGUCCCUUAACGGUGCAAUCAAACACAUGGUGCUCAUCCGGUUCAGUUAGACCGGACGGUGUUCUCAUCCAAACCGGUGGAGACCGAGACGGCGCGUUGAAAGCGAGAACCUUCACUCCUUGUAAUGACAACAAAUGUGACUGGGUCGAAAUUGACAACGGUCUCUCGAAAAGAAGAUGGUACUCUUCCAACCAACUUCUUCCCGACGGUAAACAAAUCGUCAUCGGAGGUCAAGGACAGUUCAACUACGAGUUCUUCCCCAAAACGACAUCUCCUAACGUAGUCGAUUUGCCGUUUUUGGCGGAGACCAAUGAUCGAGGACAAGAGAACAAUCUUUACCCUUUUGUGUUUAUGAACACCGAUGGGAAUUUAUUUAUAUUCGCUAAUAACAGAGCGAUGUUACUCGACUAUGUUAAGAACAAGGUGGUGAAAACUUUCCCGGCGAUUCCCGGUGGUGAUCCGAGGAGCUACCCGAGCACUGGCUCAGCCGUGCUAUUACCGUUGAAGAAUCUUGAAGCGGCUAAAAUCGAAGCGGAGGUUCUGGUGUGUGGAGGUGCACCGAAAGGAUCGUACCUCCAAGCUUUUAGAAGGAAGACUUUCGUGAAAGCGCUUGACACGUGUGCGAGGAUCAAGAUCAACGACGCGGAUCCUCAGUGGACGGUGGAGACGAUGCCGCAUGCUAGAGUCAUGGGAGAUAUGACGCUUUUGCCUAACGGAGAUGUUUUGAUUGUCAACGGUGGAGCUUCUGGUUCAGCUGCAUGGGAGCUUGGUCGUGAACCGGUUUUGGCACCGGAUCUAUACCAUCCCGAGAAUCCGGUUAACAAGAGGUUUGAGUCCCUAAACCCUACUACAAUCCCGAGAAUGUAUCACUCCGCGGCGGUUCUCGUCCGUGACGGUAGGGUUCUUGUCGGAGGAAGCAAUCCUCAUGCGUUUUAUGAAUUCACCGGAGUUCUUUUCCCGACUGAGUUAAGGUUGGAGGCUUUCUCUCCGGCUUAUCUUGAACCAAAGUUUGCUACUCUUCGUCCCAAGAUUCAGACUCCUAAAUCGCAGUCCAGGAUUAAAUAUGGGACGAAUCUGAAGUUGAAGUUUACUGUCAUCGGAGAGGUUAAGGGUCAGGUGAAAGUUACAAUGGUGUCUCCUUCCUUCACGACUCAUUCCUUCUCGAUGAAUCAAAGGCUUUUGGUUUUGGACAAUGUUAAGUUUACAAGGAAAGGUAGAUCAACUACGUAUGAGGUUCAAGUGAGGACUCCAAAGUCGGCUAUUAUUGCACCGCCUGGUUAUUAUAUGAUGUUUGUGGUGAAUCAAAACAUACCUAGCGAAGGUGUUUGGGUAAGGUUACAAUGAUCCAUGUAUUUUUUAUAUAUAUUUUCUGGCUGUAUGUACGUGUGUAUGCUAUAUAUAUUGAUUGGUUGAAUUGUUUAUUUAAGGAAGAACCUAUUUUAAUUGUACAUGGAUGUAAUAAAAUGUGUGUUCUCGAUUUAAUGAUAAUAAUAUAGCUGGAUACUCUUUUUUU